AUUAGAGGAGCGAAUCAUGGCGUCCUCGAAUAAUCCGCGGAAAUUCAGCGAAAAGAUCGCGUUGCACAACCAGAAGCAAGCUGAAGAGACAGCAGCGUUCGAGGAGGUGAUGAAAGACCUGAGUAUCACUCGGGCAGCCCGUUUACAGUUACAGAAGACACAGUAUUUACAGCUUGGUCAGAACCGAGGACAGUACUAUGGUGGCUCUUUGCCAAAUGUCAAUCAGAUUGGAAACACCACCAUUGACCUUUCCUUUCAGACUCCUUUUCAGAAUUCAGAGUUGGAUACUAGUAGAACAACUCGUCACCAUGGGCUGGUAGACAGGGUCUAUCGGGACCGAAAUCGGAUAAUGUCCCCUAACCACAGACCCAUCUCUGUGGACAAACAUGGCCGUCAGAUUGAUAGCUGUCCAUAUGCCUCUGUGUAUCUGUCACCCCCAUCCGAUACCAGCUGGAGGAGGACCAACUCAGAUUCUGCCCUGCACCAGAGCACUUUGAACCAAAACCCACAAGAUGCAUUUACAGGAGGAUCACAAGAAUUGCAGCUAAAACAAGUUCUUUUUCUUACUGUGCCAGGAACCGGGGAAUCAGAAAGUGACAUGGACAAAGAAGGCCAAAAACAGAUAUGGGAACAUAAAAAGAAUACUUCAUCAAGGCCCAAGUCAAACAAAAUACCAGGAAUCAGCAUAUUUCCAUCUCCAGAUCAGGAAAUGACUGCAUCUUUAAUCCCAGCCACACACAACACAGGCGGCUCUCUGCCAGACCUCACUAACAUCCAGAUCCCCCCUCCUCUCCCCACACCUUUGGACCCUGAUGACUCCUCCUCCUCCUCUCUCAGUGUCUCCAACAGCACUAGCAAUCUGACCAACACUCACAUGGGCCAUACUUCUGCCAGCCAAGGUAUGACAUCAGCACAUCCUACAGUGACUGGGAGUGUACAACGCCGGCACGAGAAUGUGGUUCCUCUGAUUCUGAACGCUGACUCCCAGCAGCAUCAGAUUCUUCAGCAGCUAUCACCCACCCUCUCUCCUCCACUCUCUCUAGCACAGGUGGAGACAAUAGAUGCCAUGAUGCUGGAGCAGCAGUUGGCUCAGUAUGCUUUCUUCAGUCAGCCAUCCACACCGACGCAAGGGGUCAGUAGACUUCCUCAGCUCCAGCUGAACACUCAGCUGCCACCUGUCUCUGGAAGCCAGACACAGUCCUCUGUGGGCAUUGAUAUUAACACGGCUGCUUCCCUCCAGCAGUACCGCUGUAGGGUGGGGUCUUCAGCCAAUCAGUCUCCGACUUCUCCAGUCUCCAAUCAAGGCUUCUCUCCGGGGGGCUCGCCUCAACACUCCUCCAUUCUCGGAAGUGUCUUUGCUGAUGCCUUUUAUGACCAGCAGCUUUCUCCUCGUCAGAGCAGUGCUUUGUCUCAGCAAUUGGAGCAGUUCAACAUGCUUGAGAAUCCCAUCAGCUCAAGCAGUCUGUACAGUGAGUUUUCCACUCUUAACUACUCUCAAGCUGCAAUGCUCAACCUUACUGGGAGCCACGGCAACCUGCAGGACGCACAGCAGCUUGGCUACAGCAGCCAUGGGAACAUCCCCAACAUUAUUCUCACUGGUGACAUGAGCUUUGACGCAGAUUCUCAGUUCCCCCUGGAUGACUUGAAAAUCGACCCACUAACACUGGAUGGUUUGCACAUGCUCAACGAUCCUGACAUGGUUCUUGCCGACCCUGCGACAGAAGAUGCUUUCCGGAUGGACAGGCUGUAAUCUUUAGGUAUAUGAUGUUCAUUUGUCCUUAUUUGAGAUUGGUGUGGUUAAGUGGGAGAGAAGCUGUCAUCUCUACAGCAUGUUUGGGGAACACCUGACCAUGUUUCUCAAAACCCUCCCUCCUGGAAGGCAGGCCGUCACUGACAUUGCUAAGAAUGUUGCCACAGUAUGGUAAGCAGUGCUGCCGCAGCUAACGAAUCAACCUUUUAAGAAAGCAGCCCAUAAUUUCUUAGAUAACACUCAUACCUUUAGCUCUAUAUGAGUGAAUGCGACAACACUAUGUAAGCUCCCUAUCGUGUUUUCUUCCAUUUCAUUUCCUGUAGAAGAUCCUCCUCCUACUCUGCAGAACCAAUCACAUUUGUCUGAUGCCUGUCAGCUCACCUAUUACUCGGUCAUACAUGCCUGUGUUACAUGCCAGUUUGUUUGAUGACGAAUAUUUAUUUAUGCACUUUUAUACAUGCAUAUGCCACCAUAGGCAUUGUUUGCCAUGAGCUGUGUUUAAUUUAUUUUCUUAAACAAAUGUUUCUCGUUUGUAAGACCAAUAAUGGUGUAAAAGGAGUGUUAAUCCUCCCCGUUUUAAGGGCAGUAUUAUAGUCCUCAUGCAUUGCAUACAUUUCCCCAUGAACACUUAUGUACUCGAAGAUAGCUACAGUUCUUCAGUAUUUCUGGUCUGAACUUAUGAUUGUAAUGGUUUUUUUUAAAUGUCUAGUUUUGUUUUUGAUACUUUUCUUAAAUGCAGUGGUGCAUUAUGUGACAAUGCUUGCACUGUGUAAGGAUUGUGAUAAAAUUAAUCUUCAUCAAUUGGAAAUUCUAAUAUGCUUUGUUCUGUUUGUGGUUGUCAACAAAAAACACAUCCACACAUUUAAAGGGAUAGUUCACAAAAAAUGAAAUUUCUCUCACCAUUUACUCACCCUCAUGUCAUCUCAGUUGUGUAUGACUUUCUUCUGCAGAACACAAAUGAAGAUUUUUAGUAGAACAUCUCCGCUCUGUUGGUACAUACAAGGCAAAUGAAUGGUGAUCAUACCUUUUGUAGCUCCAAAAAUCACAUAAAGGAAACGUAAAAGUAAGCCAUUAGACUCCAGUGGUUAAAUCCACAUCUUCAGAAGCGAUUAUAAUAGGUGUGGGUGAGAAAGAGAUCAAAAUGUAUGUCCUUUUUAAAUCUACACUUUCACGUUCACAUCUGAAAUAUGCAGUGUAUAUGGUACAAUCAAAAUGAUGCCUCAAACUUUUAGGUGAGAUUUUCUUUGCUUUACUUGGAAAUAAACAUGAAGCCACAGUACAAGAUCAUAACGGUCAUUUGCAUGUAUAUAUCAAAACUAGUCACUGUGAAAACCAGAUUCUGCCUUACACUGAGAAGAUGUAGUUUUUGUAAAUUCUGUUGUGUGAAGAUGUUCUCUCUGUAGCUGAAGGUUUGUUUUCUGUUUAUAGAAGAAUGUGGUACUGUAACAUUUGCUGUUACUCAUCACAGAAGGUUGUCUUUGCACUCAUACUUGUCUUCUGGUUGCUUCAUGAUAUCAUAUGCCCAAAAGGGGAGGUUUACUACUCUUUUUAAUUCUGUCAUUCAUCUUUUCUCAUAUUUCCUCUGAAUUGUUUUAUACUUGUACCACUUUUGUAAGUGUGAGAAUAUUGUUUACAAAACCUUGUGAAAAGAACAUUAAUACAAUCUUGAUGUAUAAAUUAACGAACAAUAUGCUAAAUAUAAAAAGAUAUUUUAAGAAAUUGUUAUCCAUGUAAAAUGUCACUCUAUAUAAGAGGAUAAUCUGAUUUGGAAUAAUAUCUAUGCAAAGCAUAAUUUAACAUACUAGAACACGGACAUACUAAAGAAAUAGUUUAAAGAACAGUAUGGCUUUUAAAGCAUCUGUGGGCAUUUUAAUUAUGGACUGAUUUGUCUAUUUUCAGCAAGAAGGACAAAAGAGAAGCAGUAUGUGCAUGAAAAAGUUUUUAAUUCUCCGGUUUGAUAAGGGAUUCUUCUUGCAAGUGAUCUGAUUGUAUUGUGUAUAUUUUCUGUCACAGAAGCAUGACCAACAUGUGCUUUGACUAUUGUUGUCAUGAAGUCCAUGCUUCAUAUUUUCAAAAUGUAAAGGAAGGAUGUGUCAGGUAAUCAGUUACUGUUAUAUUCCUUGACUUGACUGCCUGAACAGCAUUGCUGAAACCAGAAUGUAUUUAAUCACUUUUUAUGUAGGACCAAACAUAUUACUGAAACUAGCAUUAUUUUUGUUAUGGUGUCAUUUGUAUACUUGUCUGUGUGUUUAGCAGUUGCCCUCUGCAUUGUUGUGAACAUUCCAUUUCACUUGCAAGAGGCUGCAUUGUAAAGACACUUAUGUCUCGUGGUGUUGUUUUUAUUUUGUGCUUAGCAUUUACGUGAACUUGCUACAUAGUAUCACUUUCUACAUUUACUUUGCACUUUAACCGAUAUUCACUACAUUUUUCUUCAUACUUUUCAUACCCCUCUGAGUGACUUUGAGUGCACUGGGUCUAUUUCCUCCCUAUGGUUGGCCAACUUUGCCUUCUCUAAGACAAGUAUUUUUGAAAAGGAAAAAGUAUUUGUUGUCUAUUUAUGAUUUUAUACUUGAUCAACGCAAAAAAUAACUUUUUUUUUAAUGUAGUAUUAGAAAAGUAUGAAAGUUCCCCAAUAUUAACAAAAUGUAUCAAUGAAGGCAGGUUACUCUUCUGCAUCUCAAUUUACCAUAGACCAGUUUCACCUUUUAUAAAUUUCGAAAGUAUUAAGGUUUAUCCUUACCAUGAGUUGAACAAGUCCUGAGAAUUUCUGGCCAAAUAAAUGAUAGCAUGCAGAAAAGAAAAGGCUCUUCAUCAUUGUAAACCACAGCAUAUUUAGUAUAUAAUGUAUGUACACACAAAAUAUUUGAGCCGUUUUUUUUAAAGAUUUAUGCAUUUCAAUUUCAUAACAAAAUUCCAUUAAAUUGAAUUGCGUAAUUUUUAACAAAGUGUAAUUAAUAAAACAAAAAUGUAUUCAAGUUUUAAGUUUGUAAAACAUUGUGCAGUUCAAUUUGAUGGAAUUUUGUUAUGAAAUUGAAAUGCAUAAAUCUUAAAAAUAGGCUACUUUUUGUUGUUGUUGAGUGCAGCCUUCAUGUACAUAAAUGCUACAUUUAUACAUUUCUCUGUUUUAAAAAACUAACAUUAAAGCUUAAAUAUCAAGAGUACGUGUAAAAAAUAAAAAAAAAACUGUUGAACUAUAUGGAACUUUGUUUUUACAUCAUAAAAUGCUUGAAGUGGAUGCUUAACUGUUCUCACAUUUCUAGCCAAGUUGUAAAUGAAACAUCUCUGCUGCAAAUAUACAUUCAGUUUUUCUUUUCACCCUCUAUACACUGAACCUUAUCAAAGCUUUGUGAAAUAAUAUCCUCUUUAAGUCUUUGUUUUGUACUGUACACUUUAGACCUAUUUGUUUCUGGCUGAUAAUCUUUGAUUUUGUUUUUCUUAUGUAUGUGCAUAUACAAUUGUAUGUUUACGUACUGUAAAAGUCUUUUUCACAAGCUCAAGGUCUGUUUGCUGCAGUGGAUUGUUGUAUGUAUGGUUUCUUUGCUAUGGUUGCUUUAUUCGUUCAUUUUCUAGAUUUCCAAAUAUCUGAAAGUUUACUAUAGAUUUGUUCAAUUAAAAAUAAUUAAUUCACAAGUGUCCUCAAUGAAGAAAAAAAAAAGAUAUUUUACAGUAGACAAUUGCAUUUUACAAUUUACAAUUGAAAACUGCAACAAAUGAAAGGUAUUGAAAAUAUUUCUGUAAUUUAUCUAUGUCGAGUUUAAAACUGACUCUUGGUUCUGUAAGUAAGGAGUAAACCAAGUUCAAAUUAUAAUUUAUAUUUGAAGUAUUAAGAUCUGAAGGAUAGUUUGAUGGUUAUCCUGUGUAAUAUAAUAUCUGGAUAUGAAUGGAAAUUAUAUUGUAUUAUAAAAACUAAAAGAAAAAUCAAAUUUAAUGGGCUGGAUUAUUAUAUUCUCCUAAUUUUCACCUAUAAACACACAUUUAAUAUAUUGUCCUAUAAAAGCAAAACACAAUAAAUGUGCCAACACUAAAACUAAGAAAUUAAUUUUCCUUUUAUAUUCUUUUUUGUUGUUGUUGUUGUCCAGCCAAAUGUGUUGAACAUACACACAGUAAUGGAGAGAUUAGACAUGAAUCUGAGCAUAUAGUUGUGUCAAACUUGUCUGUCAAUUUUAACAAAAGUUACUGUGUUUUGCCUUUGCAUGGCAGUAUACAUUAGUGUUUUUGUGUGUUUGUUUAUUUGUUUGUUUCCCCAAACAAUAACAAGUAGUUUUUAAUUGUGAUGCUUGUUUCAUUGAGUGUGCCAAUAGAUUAUUAUUUAAUCAUAUCUUACAUUUUCAGAAUCGUCUGUGUUUUCUUCUUUCUCUCUUUUUAAAAGAUAAGUCCUAAUCAUUUUUUUUGUUUGUUUAUUUCUAGGAAAAUAGUUUGCAUAUCAAUCAUUUGCCAAAAUGCCCAGUUCAAAGUGCAAGACAAAUAACUUUUGACAAAUGUGCUUGUUUACUUUUCUCUGUAAUGGACAAGCCAUUGGAAAAAGCCAAAGUUUGUUAUUUUUACCUUUUUUUUAAUAUAAUGCUUUUGAAUACUUUAGCUACAGUUAUUUUUCUUUAACGUGUGUAGGUGCUUUUUAAUUAUUGUCAUUUUGCAACAGUGGCUGGCUUUCUGACCAACAGUAAAAAUGCACUUAAAGAUAUUUUAGGAGUACCUUUAAAAAAUGUAUAAAUUAUUUAUCUUAAUGUAUAAUAUCUCCCUGACCAACCAUUUACUGCAGUAUAUUCCCUCAGCCUUUAACACUGAAAAAUUGCUUUAUGUUUGGUGGACUUUGCUGCAUGAUGCUGAAUAUUAAAACACCAAAAUCUUGAUGUGAUGUCCUGCUUUUGUGCCGUUAUCAAGCUCUGAGUUCUCUCUGCUUAUUACAUAGCUGAAAGUCAUGCAACUGGAAAUACAUAUAUAUAAAAAAAAAAAUUUGACAUUGGUUUUGAAUCCUUUUUGUUUGUUUUCAUUAAGUAAAAACAAAAUGAAUUUAAAAAAAAACACGUGCAAGGGAGGUGAUAUAAUGCAACCCAGUGCAGGAUUGAAGUGUACACACAACAAAACUCUAAAAUCCUCUUACAGUAUGUGCUAAUGAAUGUGAACAGUCUCUGAGGUUCACAUCUCCACAAAGGCAGCUAAUUUCUAUUUUUUCAAUGUAAUAUAAUUCAGAUGUUGCUCACAUUUGACUGCAAACAUUUUAUUUUAUUGGUAACAGGACAUGAUUAUACUCACCAAAUAUGCAAACCUAGCUUUCAGGAACAUAGCUUUGCAGCUCCGUGGUGGUUUUGUUCAUCUGACCCUUUAAAAAUGUAUGGAAAAUAUGUUCUUCGUACAAAAUGUUUUCUAUGAAAGAUAGAGAAAAGAAAAGAGAUUAUAAAACAAUAUAGGCUGUGUAAGUGUGCUACUUAUUUAAAACAAAAUGUUUCAAGCUUAAAUUCCAUUGUCCUUACUGUAUUUUUCUGUGUGGAAGCUUAAGUCUUUGUACCUUUUGCAUAAAUAUUUGUUUAUUGAAUUGUAUAAAAAUGUCAAAAAAAUAAAAAGCUUAUC